AUGUUGCUCCCGGUCGUGUCCUCCCGCGCGCACAGGGCCAAGGCGGGCAAGAGCGCGGGGGGCGACGACGACAACGACAAGCAGGGCAAGCGGCGGAGGCGGGUCGGCCACGCGGAUUGGCUCAAGAAGCUCUGGGGCACCACGCGCUCGCGGCUGCUGCUGACGCGCCGCUCCGCGUGGAAGUGCGCGCUGCUGCUGGGCGUGCUGGCGCUGGUGGUGGCCGCGGGCUCAGCACUGCUGGCGCUGGAGGCGGUGGGGCGUCUGCGGUUCAGCGGCUACUUCGUGCCGCAGCGGGGCGACAACGGGCAGCUGGGCUUCUACCACGAGAUGGACGUGGACAUGCAGACGCUCAAGGACGGGACCGGCAGGCCCGACGGGAAGCUCUUCCCGGCCUCCGCCUUGAAUCCGAGAGAGGUGAAGGCCUGGGUGGCCGAGCGCAGGAAGCACACCAACGGGCGCAAGUUCCUGGUGGGCUGCACCUCGCAUUGGAAGGGCUACGUGCUUCGCUCCUUCUUGUCGCUCUUUGAGGAGCUCAAGGGCGAGCACGGGUGGGAGGACCUCGACACGUCCAAGAACCCCAUGAAGGUCAUCUACGACAUGGACCGCAAGCGCGCCCCGAGCGUCAUGCUCUUCUGCCUGAACUCGCGUACUUCCACGAGCUGCGCGCGCUGGGCACGAUCAUUGCCGUGUGGAACGACGACUUGCACUACUACGACCAGUUCAACCCGAUCACGCUGCGGGACGAGAUCCUGA